AUGCCAGGUCUAGACAGGGAAUUAGUGGAGCACAAGCUGCCAAUCAAAGAGGGAUACCUUCCAGUCAAACAGGCCAGAAGAAGAAUGUCCAUGGACACAGAACUGAAGUUUAAAGAAGAAAUAGAAAGGUUGCUCAAAGCAGGAUUCAUCAGACCAGCCAUCUAUGCUGAUUGGCUAGCUAAUAUUGUACCAGUUCUGAAAAGAAAAACUGGGGCAGUCAGAAUAUGUGUGGAUUACAGAAAUCUAAAUGAAGCUUCUCCCAAGGAUGAGUACCCUAUGCCAAUGGCAGACAUGCUAGUAGAUGGAGCUGCUCACAACCAGAUGCUAUCGUUUAUGGAUGGCAAUGUAGGUUACAAUCAGAUCAUGGUGGCAGAAGGAGACAUCCACAAGACAGCCUUCAUGUGUCCAGGAGAUAUAGGUGUUUUUUAG